AUGGAUUUCAAGACUCUGUAUCAACUGAGUCAUGAAUAUGCGGAUUACGCGCACAAAAUGCGACCCUUCUUGGCCUCUGACGCCCACGUUAAACAAUACAAAAUGCUGAUAUACCACGCGGUAAAUGCGCUAAAGUUGAUCAAGUCAAGCCACCAGCUUAGUGCCGAACGAGACGUGAUAGUCACACUGGAGCUCUGCGACUUACUUGUGCAGGAAACUCAUGAUUUAGACUUGGCUGAAAUGUACUUGUCAAGCGUUCACGAACGCCUUUACGGGACCACCCUACUUCACGAAAAAAUGCUUAUUACCUCUGCCCUUGUACAAGUUGCAAAGGCAAGAAAUUCUGCAAAAUACUUCAAAGACGCUCUACGGCUGGUAACGGGGGCUCUUGCCGACCUGGAAAUGUCAAAUUCACGCUGGCUUCUGUAUUUUCAAUUACAACGCAUCGAAAUCAUUGUGGCAACCACACCUUCCGAUCCUAAAAUAUCCAAACUCUACCAUACGCUUAUCGCCAGUUGUGAGGUAGCUCCGGAUAUGCAGCUCUUUGUCAUAUGCUCUUAUGUUUGUUACCAACUCAGUCAAAACCAAAUUAUCGAUGAGGAGCACCUCGGCACUCUUCGCUCAUUUCCAGACGCGAAGCUUCCCGUACAACUAAAACUCUGGAGGAAACUUGUUGAGCUGCUGGUCCUGAUCUAUCGCGAUCUCAACAUAACCACAAAACUUGCCGAGUUCAAGGAUCUGAUCACGACUCACAAGAAAAAACUGACUGAUUCCACUUUUCAUCUGCAUCUCGACGAGUCGGUUUCAGUUUCGAUUGAUACACCUAUCGCGCGCUAUAAAGAUUUCAAAAAUAUCAUUUUGCUGUUCCAGAGUGUGAGCUACUUGACGAACUGUUACGAUAAAAAGGCCAACUUUUCAUUAAGGUUCUUACCUAAAAUUCGAAUAGCUGCUGAGGAGCUCAAACAGCAAUCAGAAGCAGUUAAUUCGGAGCUGGUACACAGUCGAAAGAGUUUUUACAAGCUCAUAAGCGAUCUUUGUACAUAUUACAUUUGUUUGGAAAGCCUAAUAUUGACGGGAAGCUGUGCUGACAUCGAGGAUGAAUCAGACUACUCAAAACUAGUUAUCGCAAUGAAGGCUCAGUUGACUCAUGAUACGGAGCGUGCUUUAGAUAAGUUCGCUGAUCUUCAACACCCUAAAGCUGCGCUCGAGUUUCGAAUGAUUGGCCUCUGCUCGACAUUUACCAUCCGAAUAGCCGCUAUGAGUAGAGCUGGAGGUACUGUUUCUUUCCCUGACUACCAGGCAGUAACUGAACUAUGGAAAAGCAUCACCUCAUUGUGCAGCUCGCAUGAUUUCCACCAAAACCAUAUAUGGGAUUGUACCAUGGUAAUUUUGUGGAUAUGCAGUCACUUCCAACCAUUCACAACUGCAAAACUAUCCAAGGAGGAUGAUCCGGGGUUUUUGAAAAAACUCGCAUUUUACUUCUCUGCUAACAGCUUUGCUCGUACUGCUAAAAAUGAAUGUGGCGGCCCCAUUCAAAACCCUGAACAUGGGCCUAACUUAAAAAAAUCACUUCUCUUACACUUCCUUUUGAAUUAUUUGGCCAGCGCCGUUCUCGUUAAUGAUCUGGAGGAAAAAUGCAUGAUAACAAACACCUGCUUUCAUCUAGGAAAGCAACAGCAUAUGCCAUUGAUGGAGUACACAUCUGGUUUGUCGCAUCUAUUGAAUUGCGGAUUAGCCAUGAAAAGCAAGGAUGUCUCUAUCACUAGAAACAGGUUAAAAGAGGUCGUCGCUAAUCUACUCAACGAAGGGUUCCAACAACAGAGCACCGUUGCUGCUAGCUAA